AUGGAGGGGUCGAGCAGAGCGCCGACGAUCAUCUCCUUCUUCCCGCUUCUGCUCCUGCUCUGCUGGAUUGAGCCGUGCGUCGGCGCCUCCGCUACCAAGACGUACAUCGUCCGCUUCGCCAGAUCCGAGAUGCCGGCGGAGUUCGUCGAGCACCGCCACUGGUACGACGCCUCCCUCCAGGCGGUCUCCGACUCCGCCGCUGUGCUAUACACAUACGACACCGUCACCCACGGCUUCUCCGCCCGGCUGACCCCCGACGAGGCCGAGGCCCUGGGUAACCGCCCCGGCGUUGUGGCCGUGAUACCGGAGACCCGGUACCAACUGCACACUACUCGCACCCCCGAGUUCCUGGGCCUCUCCAGCGACGCCGGGUUGCAACCGCAGUCGGACUCCGGCACCGACGUGGUCGUGGGCGUCCUCGACACCGGCGUCUGGCCGGAGAUCCGGAGCUACGAUGACAGUGGGUUCGGUCCGGUGCCGGAAACCUGGAAGGGAGGAUGCGACGAUUCCAAGAACUUCAAGGCGGCGGUGGCCUGCAACAAGAAACUGAUCGGGGCGCGCUUCUUCUCCAAGGGGUACGAGGCCAGCAUGGGGCCCAUCGAUGAGUCCAAAGAGUCCAAGUCCCCCCGCGACGACGACGGCCAUGGCACGCAUACUUCCACCACCGCCGCCGGAUCCUUCGUCCCGGACGCCAGCCUCUUCGGAUUUGCCUCCGGCACGGCUCGAGGCAUGGCCGCCCGCGCCCGGAUUGCCGUCUACAAGGUCUGUUGGGCCGGCGGGUGCUUCAGCUCCGACAUCCUCGCCGCCAUGGACAAGGCGGUGGAGGACGGCGUCAACGUCCUCUCCCUGUCGCUCGGGGGUGGCCAAGCCGACUACUACCGGGACGGCGUCGCUGUCGGCGCUUUCGCCGCCAUGGAGAAGGGCAUCUUGGUGUCGUGCUCGGCGGGCAAUGCAGGCCCCGGUGACGCCACUCUCUCCAACGUGGCUCCUUGGAUCACCACCGUGGGGGCCGGGACGAUCGACCGCGACUUCCCGGCCUUUAUCGCGCUCGGCAACGGCAAGAACUACUCUGGAGUGUCUCUGUAUAGCGGGAACCUCCUUCCCAACGAGGCGCUCCCGCUCAUCUACGCCGGGAACGCCACCAACGCCACCAACGGGAAUCUCUGCCUCUCUGGCACCCUGAUCCCGGAGAAGGUCGCCGGGAAGAUCGUGCUGUGCGACCGCGGCGUGAGCCCCAGGGUGCAGAAGGGUUUCGUCGUGAAAGCCGCGGGAGGUCUGGGGAUGGUCUUGUCGAACACCGCCAUAAACGGAGAGGAGCUGGUGGCGGACGCCCACAUCCUACCGGCGGCGGCGGUGGGAGAGAAGAUGGGGAACGCCAUCAGGUCGUACGCCUUGUCCGACCCGGCCCCGACGGCGACGAUCGUGUUCGCCGGCACCAAGGUGGGGGUGCAGCCGUCCCCGGUGGUGGCGGCGUUCUCCUCGCGGGGGCCCAACGCCAUCACCCCGGGGAUCCUGAAGCCCGAUCUUAUCGCCCCCGGAGUGAACAUCCUCGCCGGUUGGAGCGGCGGAGUAGGGCCUACCGGAUUGGCGUCGGACAGCCGGCGGACGGAGUUUAACAUCAUCUCCGGCACCUCCAUGUCGUGCCCACAUGUGAGCGGGCUGGCGGCGCUGCUCAAGGGGGCCCACCCGGAUUGGAGUCCCGCGGCCAUAAAAUCCGCCCUCAUGACCACCGCCUACGACACCUACAAGGGCGGCGACCAGCUGCUCGACAUUUCCACCGGGAAGCCGGCCACGCCCUUCGACGUCGGCGCCGGUCACGUGGAUCCCGUCCGGGCGCUCGACCCGGGUCUCGUCUACGACCUCUCGGUGGAGGACUAUCUCGGGUUCCUCUGCGCGCUCGGCUACACGCCGCUGCAGGUCGCCGCCAUGAGCAACCGCAACUUCUCGUGCGAUUCCGGGAAGAAGCACACCAUCUCCGACUUCAACUACCCCUCCUUCUCGGUGCCGUUCCAGACGGCGAUCUUCGGCGGCGGCGCGUCCGGCGUGACGACGGUGAAGCACACGAGGACCCUGACCAACGUGGGGACACCUGGGAUCUACAAGGCCACAGUAUCCACUAGCACCAACGAUGUGAAGGUGUUGGUGGAGCCCUCCGAGCUGAGCUUCGAGCAGCAGGGAGAAAAGAAAACCUACACCGUGACCUUCUCCGCGCCAUCGCAGCCGUCGGGCUCGUCGAGCUUCGGGAGGCUAGUGUGGUCAGACGGGAGGCACACGGUGUCGAGCCCCGUCGCCUUCACCUGGACUUGA